UGGUAUCAUGUAAUAGUGUGGGUUUCGCCUUCUCAUGUUCGCCUCAGCCUGCAUUCUAUAACGGUAUUACAUUCAAGACACGGGGCAUUCACACGGUCUAAAUAUAACUUUCAGAAAUACAGACGGAUACGCGCUAGGACGCAAGUUGAACUCUGUAUGGAUUUUUUUCCUAAAUUUUAUUUUCCGUGUGCUUUAGAAUGGGAAAUUAGGAGAAAGAAGAUCUAUUACUUGUAACAAUCCUAGCCAUUAAUCGGGGUAAUAGCCGUACUCUUUCGGAUUUUAAAGAUAUUCAGAAAGUUAAUUUUCAUCCAAGGAAGCGCGUAACUAACUGUUCCAGACGUUAUCAGAACGGGCGAAUUACGGAUUAAUAAUUUAGUAAAAUUGUAUAUAGAGAAACAGAGAGAAACAAGGAAAAUCUGUUAUCACCGUUCAAACAAAGCAUUUUACGAAGGUAUAAUUUUCUUCUUAAGAAGAUUAAACAGGUUUAAAGCUGUUAACUUAACGUAAGUCGGUGAAAUCGGUAUCCCUGUUCACGAAUCGAGCAGCCUUUCCCGGGGAAAUGACUCACCGAAAGUUUAUGCUUUGGAGUGUUUUGCUCAGUAUUCUGUGCGUGAGGCAGUGCCAGGCAGGCUGUGCAGAGGUGGACGCGCAGACGGAGGCGGUGGUGGGAAAGAGCUUCCUGCUGGGCUGCAUUUCCUGUAAGAGGCGGGAGGAAGUUCCCGCCUCCACCAGCGUAGACUGGCACUUCAGGCCCCAGGGAGAGACCGACUUCUAUCAUAUCUUCCACUACGACCACCCCAAUCCCAGCAUCCUGCAUGAGGACUUCACUGAGCGUCUGGAGUGGCAGGGCACCGAGGGGCCCGACGUGCAGAUCGGGGCCAUCCGGCUCCACAACGUCACCCUGAACGACACCGGAACGUUCCGCUGCACCUUCGAGCGUAUGCUGCAGCUCCCGCUCGGCCCAGAGCACGUCAGCAUCAGCAAGGAGGUGGAGCUGAGUGUGGUGCUGGAGGCCAACCCGGAGCUGACGGCGGUGAUCUCAGAGAUCAUGAUGUUCGUGCUGAUCGUGGGGCUGCAGCUGUGGAUGAUCGGCGUGCUGAUCUACUGCUACAGGAAGGUCUCUGCAGAGAGGGAGGCGUACGAGGCCCGGAGAGCACUGCGUCAGCACAACCUGCCUCCAGACUCCAAAGACAACUGUGAUGGAGUGCAUUUGGAAUAACAGACUUCUGGUAAAUGUGGACAAAAGCACAGAUGUGGCUGCAGUUGAACUGUUUUGUUCACAAGCAGGGACAAAUAUGACAAAUAUGGUUACAAAGCAAAAACUGCUGAAUUCCAAGCAGCGUAUUCUUGUGCUAAACAUGUGUUUAGUGAUGAGAAGUAUAUCUGCUGUUGAAUAUGCAAGUGAAAUAUAACUGGUAGACACUGCAAUAUUGAUUGGCAGAAGAAGCCCAACAGCACUUACAGAACAACACUCCACUGAGUGUUAUCCAGUUCUGUGGACACAUUUCCAAUUAGUCAAUCCAGAGGUGAAAAAAUACAAAAAUGGGGUAAAAUUUGCAUGAGUCCAACAUUAUUCAUAAAGCAUACAGAGCUAUGAGUGAGGUAAGCCCUUCUCCAAUUACAAAAAAAAUCUGAAUCAUAACCAAUGGGAGUAGGUAUAAGGGCAGAGCGGUUAACUCUUCAUUGAUAAUUCUUUGUUCUGACAGAGGACAUGACUGCAGUAAUCAGUUUUUCUGCACACGCUAUGAAACAGAAUAGUAAAUGCCUGGUGCAUGGUGGUCAUGUCUGGCUGUUUCUGCUGGGUGGAGUGUGAUUGCGAGACUCUUCUCCUGUAAAGCAGAGUGCAGGGACAGACAGGCUGAACAGCACUGAAUCAGCACACCAAACUAAAUAAAG